AUGGCCCGAGUGUGGAGGUUGAAUAACAACUGGCAGGAGUUGCUGCUCUUCUUCCACCACGUCUCCUGGCUCGUGGAUAUGACCCAAGUAUCCCGGGGACAGUGUCCCUGGUGCCUGUGCCUCUUGGGGCUGCUGGUGCAGCUUCUGCUGUCUUUGUGCCUCUUCUCCUAUGUCCAAGUACCCCAUGGCCAACCUGGCCCUCCAGAUCCUGGUUGCUCCCCAGGACCAGCCUCCACUCCAGCCACCCGUGGUCCCCGGCCUCUCCUCAUUUUACUGUGGACAUGGCCCUUCCACCACCCAGUGGCUCUGUCCCCCUGUUCCAAGAUGCUUCCAGGCACGGCUGACUGUCAGCUGACUGUCAACCGGAGUGUGUACCCCCAAGCAGAUGUGGUUAUCGUCCACCACCGUGAAGUCAGCUCCAAUCCCAGGUCACAGCUGCCACCUCAGCCAAGGCCACCAGGCCAGCGCUGGGUGUGGUUCAGCAUGGAGUCACCCAGCCACUGCCGCAGUCUGUCAGCCCUGGACGGUUACUUUAACUUCACCAUGUCCUAUCGCAGAGACUCUGACAUCUUCACGCCCUAUGGCUGGCUGGAGCCGUGGCUGGAGCCUCCAGUCCGAACCCAGGCCAACCUCUCUGCCAAGACUGACCUGGUAGCCUGGGUUGUGUCCAACUGGGAUUCUAAGUCAGCCCGGGUGCUGUACUACCAGAAGCUUCGGGGUCACCUCCACGUGGAUGUGUAUGGUCAAGGACAUAUGCCACUCCCCAAAAAAGACAUGAUGGAGACUCUGGCCAGAUACAAGUUUUAUCUGGCAUUUGAGAACUCCCUCCACCCGGAUUACAUCACAGAGAAGCUGUGGAAGAAUGCUCUGGAGGCCUGGGCAGUGCCAGUUGUCCUGGGGCCCAGCAGGAAGAACUACGAACACUUCCUGCCCCCUGAUGCCUUUAUCCAUGUGGAUGACUUCAAGAGCCCAGGGGAUCUGGCUCGGUACCUGCAGGAGCUAGACAAGGACAGCUUGGGCUAUCAGAGCUACUUCCGCUGGAGGGAGACACUUAGGCCUCGGCUGGGGAGCAUGGCCUUGGCAUUCUGCAAGGUGUGCAGAAAGCUGCAAUGGAACCAGAGGUACCAGACAGUACCCAGUGUGGCCUCUUGGUUCCAGUGA